AUGGAAAGCUAUAACAAUAAUUAAGAUCUAUUUAUCUGUGAACUUCUUAAGAAACUUUAAUCUAUUUACCCCUCUUCUUAUAUGGAAAAGCUACCUAUCUAGAACUAAUAUGAGGCCUUUGAUGAACUCAAUUCUGAUAAUUACAUUUGUAUCUUAUCUUACGUAGCUCAGAAAAUUGAAUAGAUAAUGGCUUUAGAAUUUAGCAACAAUUCAGUAAACGCUGACUAAUAUCAAGAUUUAAUAAUACUGAUAACUUUCAUCAAGAACUAGAUAUAGUUUUAAAUAGCAACUUGCUAAAAAUCCUUGAAAAAUGCUAAUAGAAGAAAUCAAGGCUUGUCUCAGCAAUUUUAAUUUGAGUUUAUGGAGUUUUUUGUCAGAUUCAUUCUAAACUCGAAAAGUCAGCAAUUGAACAGUUUAAUAAUUUCUUAAUUAACUUCAAUUAUGGAAAGCCUUAUAGACUUUAAUCCUAAGCUUGCAGACUAAUACUUAAUGAAAUUGAGCUGGUACUAAUAAGUCUGGAAAGUUUAAUUACUAACAAAUUCAAUAUAAAUAAUAACCAGAUUGAAAUACUAUUUGAAGUUAUGUUUGCAUCCUUUGAUAGCUAUUUAUCUAAUCUUGAUUAGAGUUGCUUUGAACUACUUUAACUUAUUAAGGUUAGCUCAAGAUAGAUACUCCAAUUGA